AUGUCCUCGAAAAAAAAAUUACUUAAAAAACAACAAAAGCCUGGUGAAGAAGAAGCAUUCUAUGCAUCCCCUUUAUUUGACUUUUUAUACCCAUUUAGACCAGUAGGAAGUCAAUGGUUGACAGAGUAUGUGAUUAUCAUUUUUGCAAUAAUAAUACGAUGUGCUAUCUCGUUAGGCUCAUACUCUGGUAAGGGUACCCCUCCAAUGUUUGGUGAUUUCGAAGCUCAAAGGCAUUGGAUGGAAAUCACUCAGCAUUUACCAAUCUCCAAAUGGUAUUGGUUUGAUUUACAAUAUUGGGGAUUAGAUUAUCCUCCAUUUACAGCUUAUCAUUCCUAUUUCUUCGGGAAACUAGGCUCAUUCUUCAAUCCAGAUUGGUUUGCCUUAAAUUCUUCAAGAGGCUAUGAAUCUGAUGAUAAUGGUUUGAAAACUUAUAUGAGAUUUACAGUUAUUUUAAGUGAAGCCGUCUUUUAUAUUCCUGCAGUGGUAUAUUUUACCAAAUGGUUGGGAAAACAUAGAAAUCAAUCUCCAAUUGGACAAUUCAUUGCUGCUGCUGCAAUUUUAUUCCAACCUUCUCUAAUGUUAAUUGAUCAUGGGCAUUUCCAAUAUAACUCCGUAAUGUUAGGUUUAACUGUCUAUGCUAUAAAUAACUUAUUAGAUGAAUUUUAUGGUCCUGCUGCUAUUUGUUUUGUCCUUUCUUUGUGUUUUAAACAAAUGGCCCUUUAUUAUUCUCCAAUAUUUUUUGGUUAUCUUUUAAGUAAAUCCCUCGUUCACCCUUCAUGCAAUAUUUCAAGAUUCAUCAUCGUAGCUAUUUCAACAGUUGUAUCAUUUGUAGUCAUGUUUGGUCCAAUAUACUUGUUUGGUUCUAGUUCUAGUGAUGAUGAAAUUAUAGCCGAUGUUAGUGGAUUGAAUAACUUAAUUCAAUGUAUCCGUAGAAUUUUUCCAUUUGCAAGAGGUAUUUUUGAAGAUAAAGUAGCAAAUUUUUGGUGUGUUACCAAUGUUGUUAUAAAAUACAGAGAACUUUUCACACAAGAGCAAUUACAAUUUUAUUCUCUAGUGGCUACUUUAAUCGGCUUUUUACCUUCUAUGAUUACCAUUUUCUUAUAUCCAAGGAAAUUUUUAAUACCUUACGCAUUAGCUGCAUGCUCAAUGUCAUUUUUCUUAUUCAGUUUCCAAGUUCAUGAAAAGAGUAUCUUGUUACCUCUCAUGCCAAUCACUUUAUUGUACACAUCUACGGAUUGGAACGUAUUAUCAUUGGUUUGUUGGAUUAAUAACGUUGCAUUAUUUACUCUAUGGCCAUUACUGAGAAAAGAUGGUUUAGUCCUACAAUAUUUUGUUUGUUAUUUUUUGAGUAAUUGGUUAAUCGGUAACUUUAGUUUUAUUACACCUAAAUUUUUACCAAGUUUCCUAACACCUGGCCCAUCUAUUAGUAAUAUUGAUGAUGAUUAUCGUCGUGGUAGUUUAUUACCACAUAAUAUCCUUUGGAAAAUAAUCAUUAUUUCUUCUUACAUUGUAAUGGGAGCUGUUCAAAUCUUGGAUCUAUUUUUCCAACCACCUACAAAUUAUCCAGAUUUAUGGAUUAUUUUGAAUUGUACCGUUGGAUUUGGUUGUUUCAUGUUAUUUUGGUUAUGGAACAACUAUAAAAUUAUCCAAAUGAGAAAUAAAACCUUAAAUGAUUUAUAA